UGGAGCUAGCUUUAUUCAGUUCUUCAUGUCUUCCACAUCUCCAGUCUCGUCUUCCACAACCCGAAGUCCCCUCUGUUUCGGUUGUCUUCCUCGUGGUCCAUAACACUCCCCCUCGCCUUUUGGUCUCCACUCUCAGUGUCCUUACCCACUGCCCAUCGAAGAGUCCAUGUCGUGGCGAACCUGUAGAGAUGGCAGCGGAUUUGGCAGUAAAGCUUGAGGCGGAGAAUCCCUGCUGUAAAGGGUGGAGGGAGAAAUACUCGAAUCUUGAAAAGAAGAGGUAUGCGCUGCGGCAAGCGGUGAACAUCCUUACACCACAGAUCGAUACAUUUCAAUCUGAGAAUGCCAUUCUCAAGAAAGCAUUUGAGGAGGAGCAGGCACGAGCAGACAAUGAGAAGGAGGGGCGGCUAAAAGAGUCUAUAGCUAGAGUAUCUUUGGAGAAUGAAAUCUCUGUUUUGAAAUCUGAGAUCUCUCAAGUAAAGCAGAAAGCAAGCUUAAAUGCUGUGGAUAGAGAUAAAAAAGUGAGGCUUCUUCAAGAUUGCAUUUCUGAAAGGGAAAAAGAAAUCAAUCGGCUCAAGGAGCUUCUUGAGAAAGAGAAAAAAAGGGCAGAUACCGAAAGGAAGAAUGCUGAGGGUGAGAAAAAGAAAGCUGCAGAAAUGUUCAAAUCUUUAAAAGCCGAGAAGGAUGAAGAAAGAAGGAUUGCCAGAACUGGAGCAGAGAAGGCUGAGCAGUACAGGCUUCAGCUGGAGAUUUUGAAGAAAGAGGCUGAUGAAGCAAAGUCAAAGUUAGCCUCUGAAACAAUGAAGUUUGAACGAGCAAACAAAAGACUUGGAGAAGAAAGAAAGAAGGCUCUCAAAGAGAGAAAGCGUGCAGAUUUGGAGAUGGCCAAAGCAGAGGAGCGAAGGAAGCUUGCAGAAGCUAAUGGGAAGAAGGCUGUUGAAGAGAAAUGUCAUGCUGAUAACUUGUAUCGGCAGUUGGAAGAGAAUAGACAGAGGGUAUUUCAAAAUUUGGCUUUUCUAGGUGGCCAGACUGAUAAUAAGUUGAAUCCUGAAUCUGUUAAAACGAAGAACAGGCUUCAAUGCGAGAUAUUAAACAGAGAAGUGGAUGAACACAAAUCGGUUUUGGAGCUCUUGAAAGAGUCAAACAAAAUGUUUGAGGUUGAAAACCAGAAGGCAAUCAAGGAGAAAAAACUUGCAGAUUCCGAGAUGGCAAAAGCAGAAGAGCAGAAAAAUCUUGCAGAUGUGAAUUGGAAAAAGGCCAUGCUAGAAAAAUGUCGUGCUGAUCGGUUGUCUCAACAGUUACAAGAAAACAAAAAAAAUGAACUUCAGCCUUCUAGAAAGUUGGUUGAGAGAUCUUCUGUAGCACCAGUUAAAACCAUUGCUUCUGAAAAUGCAAAUGUGAAGCUUUUGAAAAAAGAACUGAAGUUGGAGAAAAAGCAAGCAAAGCAUGCCAAAAGAGUGGCCAAGUUGGAAAAAAGUCAUAACCACAUCCUUCAACAGGAACUUGGUCACUUGAAGCUGGAGUUUGAUCAAUUUGCAAAUCGCUUGGAUAUACUGAAUGAGUCAUUAGCACCUAGAGCUGAAGGUAUUGAUGACCCAGAAAAGAAUGUUUCGAUUGCAUAUAUGCAAAGGUUAAACAUGAUGAAGAACCUCUGCAGUUUGGAACCAACUCGGGCACACCUUCAAAGUGAAAAUGAACUUGUGAGACCUAGUUGCAUGGAUAUGGAUGUCUCAUAUCCUCUCAGGCAAAGCCUCCAACAUCCUGCACAAUUGCUACCUAUAUCUGGAGGAAAUUUUGAUGAGCCCAUUUCAGGUAUUAAUUCUAAAUUGGAGUCUCCGCUUGGAUGCUCUAACUCGAAAAUGUUACAGACUUCUGCAAUAAAUUCGAGUAUGGCAUCUUUUUCUGAUGGACAGUUAAUGGGCUCACAGGAGAAGGGUGCUCUUUCUGGUACUACAUCCACAAAAUUAGUUGAAGAGAACUUGAAUGCACAACCAACAAUAUCCAACUUGUCUGGUGAAGUUACUAAAUUGAGGUGCUGUGAAAAAUCUGCAGUGGUGGGUGAAAAUAAUGUCAAAAUUGCUGAUAGCGAUGAUGUUGGCAGAGGUUGUGAUUGUAGUAGGAAGAGAAAGUGGUUACUUGAUUCUGCUGAGCCCAUUGAAUAUUUGUAUUCCAAGGGUAAGAAGUUGUGUGUGCAGAUAGAAGAGAAUCUAUCUUUGUUGCAUGGUAUGUUAGACAGACGAAUAGGCAGUCCCUUGGAAGAAGUAAGAUGUCUGGCUCCUAAUCCACAAUGCAUUCCACAUGGCACGCUUGAUGGGUUUCACAAAAAGAGCAAGGUAUCUCCUGAAGAGGUACAUAAGAAGCAUUUUUGUGUCGGUGACGAGCAAAAGAAGACAGAAAAAUCUGGAACCGAAGUCUUGGAGGAUUCAAGCGAUCUUGAAACUAUGGCAAGUUUUGAGGAUGUAGCUGAUGGUGAGUACAUGAAACUGCUGGACUUGGAUGAUGCUGCUGACGAGCAACAUUACAGGAUGGCAGCCAAAAGGCCUGUGUCACCAAGUCUACCUAUUAUUGACUUUGAUAACAGGCAAAUAUUUGAUGUGGAUUGUUCUGAAGCUUUAGUAGUGGAAUGGACCUAUAAAGAGGUAUCGACUGAGCACAGCUUUGAUGUUAUUGAUGUUGAAAUUGAGUCCAAUAAGCUAAAACAUACUGCUCUAGGAACUUCCUGUAAUCUGUCACUGCAUAAGAUUGUAGCCCCUGCUGAUUCCGUUGCUGUCAUUGGGAAUGGUUUCUCGACUGUAGAGGCAGGAAAUGCUAGGCCUCAGCAGGUCCAGAACUCGGGUCUGGUUGUGGGCAUUAGUAAUUUGCCUAGAUCAAGAGAAGAGGAAGUUGAUUUUCCAUUUGAAAGUGAAUUUGGGUCUGCAUGUGACACUGUUCCAAAAUACUGUGUCGUGUCUCCCAACAUGAGAGAUCGUAACGUCAUUUCUAAGAUAUUUAAAACUACCAAAACUUGUAUAGCUCGGUGCUGUUUGCUUUCUCAAACGGAGUGGGUGGUGCCAAAGAUUCUGCUUGCUCUUAUGAUGGAAGAAAAUAUUUUACUUGUGGAAAAGGUCUGCGUGUUUUUUACAUUGGUGCUGCUUAAUUUGUCCUCCGCUGCUCCAAGGAAAGUUGGAAACUGCUUGGAUACGGAUUCCAUCCUCUGGUUGGAUUCUUUCUCUGGGCACAUACGUGCAGUGAUGUCCGAUGUGGAGACAAGAAGCAUGCUUGCAGAUUUUGAUUUCUUGGAUGAACUUCUUAGUCUCAUUGAGGAAUUCCUUAUAGACGGAAGAGUUCUGGUGUACACUAAUAUAUCAUGUGAGACAUUUAUCGAAUGUGAUACAAGAAUUAACUUCCUCUUGGAUGGUGUGACUAUUAGUUUUUCAUAUGAAGUUCCUUCUGCUGAUCAGUUGGUGGCUGGGAGCAUUAUAUUAGCAUCAAUGUGUGCAGCAAUAGACCAGAUUGGUUUUAUAUGUGAGGCAUCCUACAACAUCUUUCGGAGGCAUGCUUGUGAUUCUUCAUUGGUGCUUAGCAUUCUUCAUGUUUUUGCUUAUCUGUGUGGACAAAAGCUUUUCAGUGCCACGAAGUAUGGUUUGAUGGUGACUGUCUUCAAAUCAAUAGUGAUGUUACUUGAGGGAGUAAAUUUUUCUGAUCCUGCUGCUUCUCAUUCUUUGUCUGUAAGCGAGGAUCAAUUUCUUUUCCAUCCAUGCACCAAAUGCCCAUUUUCGAAGGAUGCUGUUUCUAUAGAUACUGUGACAUCAUUGCUCUUGAAAUUCAUCUGGAAUAAUGCUGGGUUGGAAACCACAAACUAUGAUGUGAUUAAAUCCCUUGAUUUGUUGAAUUCUGAAGUUCUGUAUAACAGUUUUAAAUCUGAAGUAAGUUCAAGCCAUGAAGGGUUUUAUUGUGCCGCCGAUGUGAAUUUUGAUACCUCCUGUUGCUUGGAAAAGUAUGAGAUGCCCACUACUCAAUCACACUCCAUUGCUAGUAUGCGUCUCUGUCACCUUACUGAUGUUCUAUCGUUGGUGGAGCUGGUUGCAUGCAACAUGAGAUGGAACUGGACAUGCAUCAAAAUGAUUCCUCAGCUGUUGAAAAUUUUGGAGUUGUGUGUGUUGGAGGACUUUGCUGCUGCUAUUGUUGUUCUCCUUGGACAACUUGGGAGGCUUGGAGUUGAUGCUGGUGGAUAUGAAGAUAAAGGAGUUGAAAAUUUGAGAUGUAAUUUAUAUACUUUUCUUAAUCGUUAUACUACCAUGAAAGCAGGUCUACACCUUCAAAUAGCCACUGCCACUGCUUUGCUUGGGCUUCUUCCUGAUGAUUUUGAUGCACUCAUUCAGAGUAAUGUGAAGAUUCAGGUAACUGCAACUCAGUCUCUUCUUGCUGAUUCUAUGAGGAAGUGGUUUUCUUUGCUGAGCAAGGAGCAACAGGACUUGUCAGUGCGGCUUUUACAACCAGCUGGUGCAAAACAAAAAUAGGAACAGAGAAUCUCUACAGAGUUGCGACUGGGUGUUACUGCUUGGGUAUUCUUUCCUGAGUUUGAAGUGGGAUGUUGUGCAAGUUCUUUUAUUCAAUUGGAAUUGAAGUGAGAAAUUUUAUCAUUCACCAUUGGGAGCUAGUGUAUCACCAGAAGAUGAAGAUGCUGAUGCAUUGUUUUGAUGGCAUUGAGAGCUAGCAUAGACGAAGAUUCUGGGACAGAUUAUGCGUGGCAGCGAGGGCGCUUUUAGUUACUUGUUUGCUCAUUUGCUGGAGAAAGUUUUUGAUCUUGUUACCCGUUUCCCAAUUUGUUAUAGCUAUCUGUUUUACAUCAUUUGUGGACAAGUUUUUGGUUCUGGCAAACACUUGGUUCUUCCACCAUUCUUAUGUUGCAUUGACACUUCGCCUGAUCUCCUUGAAUAAGGGAUUGGUCUUCAGCAGCCAUAUCAGAUGAUGCACAUCCACCAAGAUAUUUGGAGGCUUAAUGGAAACUUUGUAACCCAGCAUGGCAAGAUAUAGUGGCUCUAUUGUUUUGUCAUUUAUAUUCUUUCUCAAAUUGGUACAAGUUACAUUGAAAAGGUCAAAGGGUUACAUAGAGGUCUAAAGUAACUUACAAAUCUUUUAUACUUA